AUGCCUCCGGAACUUCUCUUUGUCGAUUUCAGCGACGCUAAAUCCCAGCGGCUUGCUCUGUCCAAGAAAAACAUGCCUUUCUCCAGAAGAAGCACCAUCAAUGGCGGAGAGACGAGAGAUAAAGAUACUUAUGUCCGCCUCAUAUAUCUACUUGGUGCCGAUAAGAUGAGCAUCUGGUGGUGGCAGCAGUCCGCCGGCCAGCCGACUCUGUCGAAGGCGUUGUUAGCUUCAAGUGCAUACUUAUCACUCCGCUCGAAUAUCGGGUAUGCCCUCCACGUCAAUGGAAAAUCGGCCCUGGACGCCUUGCAAUUACCGACAGAGACGUUCCAAGAGCUACAGCGGAUCCUAGACAAUCUCACAUAUGCCAACCUAGAGUCAACUAUUCAAGCCGUAGCUAACCUGAUCUGCAUAGAGGUGAGCACCAAGUCCGUCCACAUCACUCAUUGGGGCUGGUACAAGUUUGCCCGAGAUAAGUCGUCAAACAGUGCGGUUUUGCUAAUGCCAACGCCGUGCGCGCUCAUUCUGGCUGCCAACCCGCCCAAAGCCCACUCCCACUUCAACACCUUUGAGAAAGCCCACCCACUCCAGCAAACCAAGGUGGUUCGACGUCUACCCAUGGUCUCGAAGCUCCAAGAAGCCCCUCAAAACCGGAGCAGCCUUUCGUCGACAUCGGCGGAAGGGGCCGCAACCGUCGGAACUGAAGCAGCGCCACCCAAGCAUCUAGAACCGCAUGAUAGUACAGGACCCCACCGUCUUGCCGGCCCUCAUCCCCUGCGACGGCGUGGAAGGGAUGGCGCACAACUUUUCGAAGCUCAACCGAUCAAGAACGCAAAGUACUACUUCCUGUCGAACAAUAUGCAUGAUUACCCUGAUGAGAGGUGCACUAUCCUACAGAAGAAUAUAGUCCCUCCUAUGAGGACUUGA